CGCGCGUCAACUUGAACCUUGAACAACUCGAGACAAUAACAUUUUGGAUAUCCUUCAGGAAAACUAUAUCAUAAUACCAUACUCUUCACCUUCAACACCAGUAUUAUACCCUCGAUUUCUCGCGACUUGCUACCCCACGCCCUGUCGCGCAUCAUACUAUGGCAGCGGCUGGCCUGAUCGAUCCGACAAAGACGGGCAACUAUCCCGUCAUCCUCGGCGAUGCUCUCUUAGGCAAGACAUCCAACGAGAUCUUCACCGGUAUCAAGUACAAUCACAAGCCGACACUCUCGUCAGACUCAGCCCCCAACUUAGCUCGCAUAAAACCCUCUAUCCCCGGAAAGACGGCAUCCUACGACCUCACAUAUACCGACAACGACGCAAAGUAUGCUUUCACAGGGACAAGAAAUAAAGAUAGUGGUCAAUAUGUUCUUUACUUCGACCCCAGCCGCGAGGCCUUUAUCCUCGAUCUUGUCGACUCUACUUUCAACAUGAACGUCACCCGACUGCCUGGUAACGCCGAUGCCGACAGUCUCCGUCGACAAUAUCCUCAUAUCGACAGCGCAUCAAACGGCGCAUCAAAAACAAACAUAAAAGCUGAAAAGAGUGCCUCCGACAAAUCCAAUGCCAAAGCACGCGCCAAAUCCACCACACAGAAGAGAGAUGUCAAGCGCAAGCCCGAGAAGAAGCAGGCCCCCAAGAAUAUCGAGCUCUCACUACCAGUACCUCAAUCUAACGAACAAUCAAAACCUGCGGAACCCAAGAAGCGUACACCAGCCCCUGAAGAAGAGGACGAGGACGAGGAUGAUGACGAUGGUGGUCUUCUUGUCGAGUAUCCUGGCGCCGAUACCAACACAGCGCGUAGGACUGACUUCUCGCCUGCUUUCCCGUCUGUUCGCCGCUUUGAUGAAUUCAUGGAUCAGCGCGAGUCUGAAGGUGAUGAUGCCGACGGCGAGGAUGAUGAUGAUCCAGACUUUGAGUUCAAGCUGCCCAGCCCUGUCAACAACCGUAGUCAAUAUGAGACUGGGCCCGAUCCUAUGGAUGUAGACGGGGAAGAGGAAGGGGAGGAAGGACCAGAAGUCGACCUCGCCAAAGAACUCGAGGACGCGUUCGAAAACCUGGAGAACAGCCAACAAGAAAUCCCCGAUGGGGAUGAAAGUGAGAUUAGUGAAGAGGACUAAAAAGGGUUUGGAUUAUUGGGCCUUUCGGUUUAGAUUUUGUUUAUAUGCGGCGUUUCCACGGGAUCUAUGGCACAGUUACUGUCAGAAACAGUGGUUAUGCUGUUGACCAGGCGUUGGAAAAGAGCCAUUUUC